GAACAAUCGUCCCGAAGCGACGGAAGGAUGAACUUUGUCACCAGGAUGAAGAGGAAGUUGCUGUGCUCGGCCAAAAAGAGGAAAGAGGAAGCCGGCGCCCAGAGGAAGGUCUCCGACAGCCAGACGGACGAGGAGAAGAGCGCCUGCCUCAUGGCCUUCUGCCGAUCCCAAGACAGGAAGAAGCGGGAGGAGGAGGACGGGAGCCCGGAUGAGGACGACGUUCCGGACGAGGACCAAAGCAGCCAGAAGUCCUCGGAGCAGAAGGUGACGGAGGACGACAUGGUGGACUCCUUUCAGCAGGCGCUGGCGGUCGCCCAGGAAGACGCGGCUCAGAGCCUCUGGAUCCAGAAGUACAGGAAGCCCAGAGAUUCCGGCGCCGACUGGUACGAGUGGUGGGCGGCCCGAGAGCAGGAGAACGCCGCCCGCCUCCAGAAGGUGCUGGACAGCGUCCAGGAGACGGUGGUCCUCUUCGGCGCCCAGCUGGAGGGCAUCCAGCGCAACGUGGACCUGACGGUCUCGGACCUGAAGGCGCAGCUGAGCAACAUGCAUCGGCACAUGGCCAGCGGGAUCCUGCACCGCGACGAGCGCAUCGCCAAACUGGAGAGCCAGAACUGCUUCCUGCCCCCGCAGGCCUCCGAGGUGGACGUGGACCUCCCCCACCGUCUGGCGUACAAGUUCGACUUCACGUCCAGCCCCUACGUCAUCUUCCGGCCUUCCGCUCCCCACUACCCCGUUCCCGACGCCAGCAUCCCGUCCUACCUGCAGGCCCCCGUCGCCGUGCUGGAGCCCCCCCACUGCCCCACUCCCAACAUGCGGCGUUAUUGAGGACCGUGCUGGCCGUCGCCAUCGUUGUCGCCAUCGCUGUUUUGUUGUGAAAUGUGCCGUGGGCCCAAGUGGCCCCCGGACCGCCCCUUGGACAACCCCUGAGGUGAACUGGACUGAGGCGGCGUUGCUGUGGGUGGGUUUUUAGUUGGGAGCAUCUCCAU